ACCAGAGGAGUUCAAAUGUCUUUCCAUAGGAUGACACAUUGCAUUUCUGCGCGGUGUAUGAAUGAAAGAGAAACAGAUGCUCGGCAAAAAAAAACCUUAACAAGGCAUGGGAACUUUGACUCCGCUGUGCUGACAGUUGAUCCCCUGCAGGUUGUACAGUGAUAGCAGUAAGGAGAGCAGCAAGGAUGAUCGGGAGGAUUGUUGGGGAAUAUUUCGUCCUUCUCCACACUCGAGGAGAUUCAGACCGCAUCCUUGCUUUUCUCAGAACAGGCUUCAAAAGCAAGUUGUUAUGAAACCAUGAUGAAGGUUAGAAGAAUAACUUUCACCUCGUCUGCGAUGAAAUCGCACAUGUUUCGAGCUAUCCCAUUGACGGUACGACUUGCAAAGGGACUAGCACGUGAUCAGAGGCCAAAUGAACGAAGCGAUAGAUCAGAUGUAAGAGCAUAUAAUAAGGAGCAGUGCAAGAAAGUAUAAGAAAACUAGAAUGGAGUUAUUUCGAUCUCAAAACAUACCAAAAAAGCAACAGAAGCUGAACAACACCAAGGUGCACAUGAGAAAUAAAGCGGGGAAAAUUAGAUAUGAAAGAAUGACGUCAGAAAACUAGUUGAAGUUGGUUGCAAUGAAAUUGACGUGAACAAAGAAAGAGGCAAGACAAACGAAGAACUAUGGUGGCAGUGGUGGCUGAUGUGGCCAACGAGGAAGGAGGAAAGUGUGAAGUAGGGAGAGGGCAACUACAGACAAAGGUACCAUGGAUGAAGGGGUGUAGGAAAAGAAGGAUGC